AUGACCUUGAGGCAAUUCGCCUUGAACAAGGACGUGGGACGCAACAGUGUUGGACGUUGGCUACAGGGUGCCCAGUUAGUGCAAGAGCUUGUGGGACAUCGACGGUUGGUCAACUGUGUGCGCUUCAACCCCUCGGGCACCGUCCUCUACUCCGGUGACGGCCAAGGACGUCUCAUCUUUUGGGAACCCGUGGAAGAGGGUCAGCCAGCCAGUACCCUUGUGGAAGGACGUCUGCCGAAAAGACAACAGUGGAUGCUGUCGCGUGAUCUAGUGCCUGCAGACAUUGAUCAUCGAGGGAUAACUAGCAUUGAAAUUCACCCCUCUGUCAACCGCAUUCUCGUUCAGGCGAGAGACAGCUAUCUAGUCAUGUUGGAUGUGCAGAGUGGUGUCGUGAUGGCUCAGUUCCCCGGAAUAAUCAAUCCCCUCGAAUUCAUGCGCAGCCGAAUUUCCCCCUGUGGUGUGUUCGUAUUCUCCGGUUCCGAAGACGGUAGUCUCCAUGUAUGGAAUUCAGAAACAGGUGAAAACGUCAGGAUCUACGAUCAACUGGGCGUCUCCUCACCUAUAGUCUCAUUGGACAUUCAUCCCAUUGAAAAUGUUUUUGCAGUGGCCUCCACUGGACAAACGGUGCCCCUCCUUAUUUGGCUCUUUGACCCCAAAUAUGGUAUGUAG